AUGUUUGGCUCAAUUGUUGAUUUCCUCUCCCCUACGGCACGGAUCAAUCGUUCUUCGCGCAAGCUGGCCACUCCGGCUUCCAAGAUGCCACCACGCCGCACCCGCUCCUCCCUGGAAUCAGCUGUCCAGAUGGCCCCCGCUGCUACAAGCUCCGAGCAGCAGCAGCAGGAUGCGCCGGAUCAUGCUGACGAGCCCAUUAUUGGCGUGGACUUCUCCGGUCCUCUGCUCACACCUGAGGCCAGCCGCUCUGAAACCUCCAGCAACAACGAGCUUAAUGCCAGCGACGAGAAGCCCGUGACACGAAGGAAGUCGACACGCGUGUCAACGCGUACUUCCUUGCGGGGAUUGGGGAAAUUGCGCGAAAAUGAGGAGGAUCACGAACACGAUGACUCUGAGGCUUCUGUUGAGCCUAAGAUCCGCACUGUCUCGGGAGAAACGCUCGUUGACAGCAUUGUUGAGAGCCGUGCCUCACGCUCGUCGUUGAGAAAUAGUGUUGGUAUUGUGAACAACUCUUGGAGCCAGACUACACUUCUGCGGGAGGGGGCUGAGAAUGAUGGAAACACACGGCCCGACACCCCGGUGUCAAAAGAAUCCAAAGAAUCACCAGAUCCAUCUCGCCGUCGAUCUCUGCGUGCUCGAUCAGCCAUCGAACAAAAGGAUGAAUCGCAGGCUGAAAAGGACGAGGAAAUGACUGAGGCGACACCCAAAUCUGCCAACAAGGCAGAAAAAGCAGCACCUCCACGUCGUUCAUCCCGACUUAGCUUGGUUACAAGGACGACAGAGGUUCUUGAUAGGGCUGCUAGUGUUUUGGGUAAACGGUCUCGUGAUGCUAUGGAGAAGGUUAUCAUGAAGCGCCGUGCUAGCUUGCGUCCGCGCUAUUCGCUGCCAGCCAAUCCUGACAACAUCACUUCAGGCGCAUCGCAACUUCCAGACCCUAAGAAACGCCGGCUCUCCGAUAGUGAUUUGCAAUUGAAGAAGAAAGAGUCUGAUGAGAGCCCUGAAAAGGCUGCCCCUGGCCCUAUUCGACCUAAACCCAAGCGAUGGCUAGAGAAAGGUCUCUAUACAGGCCAACACCGUGACUACGAUCCUCGACUAAACGAAGCCAACAAUAAGAUCAAAUUUGCGAAACGGAACGCCCCUCGCAAGGCCCAACCUAAGCUGCUUCCAUUACCUAUGUUUGCUGGCGAACGUCUUUUAAAAAACGGCCGGGAUUUUAAGCUACCUUUCGAUAUUUUCUCUCCACUCCCCCCUGGUCAACCGAAACCGGAUGAGUGGAAGAAGACCAAUCGAAAUGUCUUUGUCGGAGAUGCUGCCAGCUUCUGGCGCGAGAACAAGAAGAUUGAAUUGUCAACCUGCCUAUGUGAUGAGGAUACUGGCUGUGAUGAGAACUGCCAAAAUAGGUUCAUGUUUUAUGAGUGUGAUGCCAGCAAUUGCCGUGUUGGUGCUAACUGCGGCAACCGAAACUUCGACGAAUUGAAACACCGAACAAAGGCUGGAGGCAAAUAUAACAUUGGUGUUGAGGUUAUCAAGACCACAGAUCGAGGAUAUGGUGUACGCAGCAACCGUACAUUCGAACCGAACCAGAUCAUCGUUGAAUACACAGGCGAGAUCAUCACACAAACAGAAUGCGAGCGACGCAUGAGGACAGUUUAUAAGCACAACGAAUGCUAUUAUUUGAUGUAUUUCGACCAAAACAUGAUUAUUGACGCUACUCGUGGCUCUAUUGCUCGAUUUGUCAACCACUCAUGCGAGCCAAACUGCAGAAUGGAGAAAUGGACAGUUGGUGGCAAACCACGCAUGGCCCUUUUUGCCGGCGAUAAAGGUAUCAUGACUGGAGAGGAGCUUACCUAUGACUAUAAUUUUGACCCAUUUUCACAAAAGAAUGUGCAAGAAUGCCGUUGUGGAACAGAGACCUGUCGUGGUGUUCUUGGUCCUCGGCCGAAGGAUCGCGCGCCAAAGGAGUCCAAGGGUGAUGACAAGAAGAAACCCGUCAAGAAAAGAUCCAAGGCAACUUUGGCCGGCACAAAGCGCAAGCUUGGAAAUAUUCUUGACGAAUCAACAUCAGCCCUGAAUAAGAAACGUAAGGUUCUAGCUACCAAGUCGGUUAAGAAGACUGUCACCAAGGCAGUAUCCAAAGCCAAGGCUAGUCUCACUUCCAAGAAAGCGCCGGUACAGGUUAAAAAGAAUGUCACCGUUACGAAGGUAAGCUCUAGAGAUUCUAAAAUUCGAGCAAAGACCAUCAGCAAGGCAAAGGUCACCAAAGUUUCCACUGCAGGCAAAUCGUCCCCCAAAGCAAAAGCGAUCCAGGCGAAAUCGCAAACCAAAAGAGCAGUUUCAGUCUCGUCUACGAGCGUGAAAGCCCCCAAAGCCAAGCCUAUGUCUGCAUCGGAAAAGGUGAAGGCCAAACUGAAAGCCACUGCACGUCGUUCCACCAGUUUCAAGAAAGGCACCCAGACCCUCAAAUUGAAAAGCCCCGCAGUCAAAAAGCUAUCUGGUUCCGCAAAGAAGACGCCUUCAAAGAGCACCCCUAUCAAAACUCCUAGUCGAGUAGGGAGCGUCAAAAAAAACUAA